CGCCCGGUAGGCGGAGCGCCCCCUUCCCCGUCAGCUGGUUCCGCCGGCGGGGUCGGGGGAACCGAGCGGCGGGUACUGGGCAUUUCGCUCCGACCCCCACGCCGGGUGGGAGAUGGAAGCCUCGGGCCUCACCCUGAAGCUGCUCCUGGUCGGGGACAGCGCCGUGGGGAAGUCCAGCCUCCUGUUGAGGUUCACCGAUGGCUCGUUUGAGCCGUGCCUGAAGCCCACCAUCGGUGUUGAUUUCAAAGUGAAGAAAAUGGUGGUGGAUGGCCACGCAGUGCAGCUUGCAAUAUGGGACACAGCAGGACAAGAGCGCUUUAGAACACUGGCUCCCAGUUAUUACCGAGGAGCUCAAGGGGUUGUUUUAGUGUAUGAUGUUACGAGAAAAGACACUUUCACAGGACUAGAGAGCUGGCUGAAUGAGCUGGAAAUGUAUACCAACAAAAGCAACACUGUGAAGAUGUUAGUUGGCAAUAAAACUGAUAAGCCUGAUCGUGAAGUAGAGAGAAGAGAGGGACUCCAGUUUGCUAGAAAACGCUCGCUGCUUUUUAUAGAGACAAGUGCCAAAACAGAGGAUGGAGUGCAACAUGCCUUUGAGGAACUAGUCAUAAAGAUCAUGCAGACACCAGGUCUCUGGGAUAAAAGCACAAAGAAGCAGGGAUUCCAGCUAAUGCAAUCUUCACAGCAGGAGAAAAGCUUAUGUAGUGCAUACUGUCCGCUUUCUUAAAUCUACAGGUGCCAGCUUCACUUUAACGUAGUUACCAGUCAGGACUUAACCUGAGCAGUGACAUUGCUUUUCUAUUUCACAUAGUUUUAAGCACUGGAAAUGGCUACAUGUCCCCAGAUAACAAGCUGAGUUGCUACUAAAUUUUAGGGUUAUAGUAUUCACUAUAAUAUUCAGUAGCAUUCUGCAGGAAGAAAAUGCUUCCUUUGCACUACACUGUAGGUUUUACCUUGCUGCUCUUAAGUACUUGCAUUUCAGAGUCAUCAUUUUGGGCCAGCUUACAGUGUGGGUCCUUCCUUUAGUUCUCUGCAAACCCAUGUUUCUGCCCUCAUUCAGCACCUGGAGGGCUAAAACCGUUUAAAAUGUGCUGGUGAUCGACGACUGUCCACUAGCAAGAGUCUGUUGCUACCAGAUAGCUGCCUCUUCUUACCUUCCCUCCACCCCCACUGGACUCGCUGCCUUGUCUUGAAAACAAGCCUUGAGUCAUCGAAGAUGCUAACCUAGAUUCUGUCUGCUCUUGGUAGCAAUGCCUCUAGGAGACUUUUGGUUGGGUGCUUGCAACACUGUAAAAGUAACUGUAAAAGUAACCAAAAACUUAAAGUAACCAAAAACUAAAAGGAACCAAAAAUAUAGGGACAGCAUUUAAAAUGUAAGCUGCUUGUAAACAAGUGACAAAUCCAAAGACACUCUUAUUACAGGACCUUGUCAAAUUGGAACAGAAAAGGUCAGCCUUUCUUAGGAUGGGUAUCCUGAUUCGUUACUAUCUAGUUGAGUUACAUUCUUAGUAAGUGUUUUCCUGAGUAACACCACUACUGUACCACUGCUGAAGACAAAGUGUAUAAACUUUAGCUUUACUUUGAAACUAUGCUAGCUUGUUCUCUAUACAGUGCUCUUUGGAGCUGUUUUCAUCUGUGAAAAGUAUGUGUGUAUAAUUCUUUCUAGAGUAAGUGAAUAAAAUGCCUGUCUUGGGUUUUUA